AAGUGACUCGUCGGUCGACAUUUUGGGCACAGCAUCAUCAGCGCUGACGUGAGCACGGCUGUCAUUACUGUAGUGACGAGUCCGACUACGUAUUAUUCGGUGUGUCGAUAGGUGAGUGACUAUGGACGCCUCAGUGUCUCCUCAGCUGGACAGCAGUUGUAACGACUCGGAUGGAGAGGAGAACCACAGUGAAGACAGUCUCUCUCCUGCAGAUCCUGCUCAGGUGUCGGUGGAAUCAGGGUUUCCGGGAGUGACUGUGGUCCAGCUGAGUGACGGUCAGACUCUGCAGGUCCACGGGGUGAUCCAGGCCCCUCAGACCUCCGUCAUACAGGCCCCACCGGUCCAGACUGUCCAGAUUGCCAGUGUCGCAGAGCUGGAUCAAACCAAGUCAGAAACAGACACCCAGAAGAGGCGGGUGCUUCUCUCCAGGCGUCCGUCUUAUCGGAAAAUACUGAAUGAGCUUUCAUCGGAUUCGCCCGGCGUUGCUAAAAUUGACGAGGAGAAGACAGAGGAGGAGGGGGUGGUCUCCGGCGCUGCCGACGCGUCAGUGCCCACCUCCAUUUACCAGACCAGCUCAGGACAGUACAUUGCGAUCUCUCAGGGAAGAGCCAUCCAGUUGAGCAGCCCCGGAGUUGAGGCCCUUCAGGGGGGGGCCCAAACCGUGACGGUGGGCAGCUCCUGUCCAACCGGAGACGCCCAACAGCAGAUCUACAUCCAGGGAGGACAGGUGCUCCUCCAAGCUGCUACAGGAGACAUCCCUGCCUAUCAGCUGCGUUCCCCGAACUCGGGCCUGGCUCACAGCAUCGUGAUGGCUGCAUCCCCCGGCAACAUGCAGAGCCCCCCCCCACCGCACGCCGAAGACAUCACCCGCAAGAGGGAGGUCCGCCUGAUGAAAAACAGGGAGGCAGCUCGAGAGUGUCGCAGGAAAAAGAAAGAGUAUGUCAAAUGUCUGGAAAACCGCGUGGCUGUGUUGGAAAACCAAAACAAGACCCUGAUUGAAGAGCUGAAAGCACUGAAGGACAUUUACUGCCACAAAGCGGAGUAGCGGUUGCCGUUUUUGGGCAUGAGCUGAAGACAGUGACAUUUACACUGAUUGUAAAUAAGAGAAGUAAAGACUCUGGAACUACUUUGACCCUCUUUGCUCACUCAGGCCUGGUUUACGCUGAAUUCAGAAGUGUCUUUGGGAGGAUUUACACAGCUUGAGCUGGCCAGUUUUCGCUCUCGUUCUUAACUUGUGCUCUUUGCUUGUGAAGAUUCAAGUGUUGUUGCUAUUGCUUUUGUGCGCCGGCCAAUGAGAGCCAGCUGAAGAAGAGGAGGAACAGGAAAAGGAAAUACAGGUGCUUCCUGAAAAUGUACCGUUUCGAGUACAGAGUUUAACGGAAAAACCGUGGCGAGCCAGCCGGGUCACUCUACCAGCAGGUGAGGUGAGGUGAGGUGAGGCGCAACGCUUUGCCACUAUCAGCUGCAGCCCGGCGACUCCUCCCUGUUUUCCUGAUGACAUCUGCAUCAUUUACGCUUCUGUUUGUGGCAAUUCCGUGCAUUCCGUCAUGCUAAAAAGCGAGAAAUGUCGUCACGCAUUGAGUAUUUUAAGUAAUUUUCAGUUUUUAUAGAAGUUUUUGAUUUGGUUUCAAAGAAAAACAGAACAUUUACGAUAUUUUUAGCAGACAACACAAGGGGCAUUAUCUGAAGUUGUUUUAAAGAGUUGAAAAUGACAGAGCACAACUGCCCUCGAGUCAAAGCACAGAAAGUACCAAAGUGGAUAUUAUCAGAAUGUAUAUUAUAUUACGUUUAUUUCAAGGAUUUUACUCCUCAAGUUUAUUGUAUAUUCUGCAAAAGCAUCAGCUCUUAGCUCACCGAAAAAGAGCUGAUGUGCUUUACUGUCCUGCAAGCUUCAGUCUUAUUUCUCAAAUUAUGGAUAUCCAUUGUGUUUUAAAAACUGUAUUUGAUUAUGGCUGGAUUUUAAAAUGCUCUGUUUAAAGGGUGAUGCCAAUUUCUCUCCUUUUUUUUAAUGUAAAGACGUUUUAUUUGAAUGGUAAUAUCUCAUCUUGUGUUCUGGUGAUUUUUUUGAAAAGUGCUCUGUUUGUGUCGUUUGUUGAAAUGAAUAUAUUUUAUUGAAAAAAGAAAACGCGUCCUAAUGUAACAGAGGAUCUCUUACGACUGCCAAAGCUCUUUUAUGGACAGAUAAGUCUUUAACUACCGUUUGUCUCGGUGACAACACAGCGAUUCAUAGUGUUGAUGUUCGACAACCAAAUGAGCCGUGUGUUUUGUAUUCACAGGUAAAUAGCCAUUUUGCAAAAGGCUACGAAAACACAGGUGAAUAAAAUUCAGGUUUCAACUUGGUCAAAUUGAUCUGCCUGUGGAUUGUUUGCUUUUUCAAACCUUUUACCAGCUGUUCUCCUCUCAGUGUACUUCCUUGUUUGAAUUGUAAAACCAAAACUUAUUUUUUUGUUUGUUAAAUAAAAUAUUCAAAUGUGA